UGAUGUCUCCAAGAUGAUCCAUUACUAUUAAAAAUACUCAUUAUAAAUACAAGAGAAAUAGCUGCAAAAUAUCUUUCACUAUCUGACAAUGGCCAGAAUGAACAUGCCCAGUCUCAUCCUCCCACCAGGUUUCAGGUUUCAUCCUACAGAUGAGGAGCUCAUCAACCAUUAUCUUAAAAAGAAAGCCUCUUCUUCUUCUGAUGAUCCAGAACUUUCUAUAAUAGCAAAUAUCAAUAUCUACAAGUUCAAUCCUUGGGAACUUCCUGGAAAGGCCCUGUUUGGAGAAAAUGAGUGGUUUUUCUUCAGUUCAAGAGAUAGAAAAUAUCCAAAUGGUGGUCGCCCAAAUAGAACAGCUGCAUCUGGUUACUGGAAAGCCACAGGAACUGAUAAACCAAUACUCUCAUCCAAUGGAUCACAAUGUCUUGGGGUGAAGAAAUCACUUGUAUUCUACAAAGGCCGAGCUCCAAAGGGCAUUAAAACCAAUUGGAUGAUGCUUGAGUACAGGCUUCUUGACGAUAAUCAUCAGCUGCAAAAGCUAAGAGGAUCAAUGAGAUUGGAUGACUGGGUUUUGUGCCGAAUUCGCCGGAAGAACAGCAACUUGAAAGAAAAAGAGGAAACUUAUGAAAGCAGCUGUGGCAGCUCUCUUCCAUUUUCUGUGGGGUGCUUACAAGGUCAAGAAGCAAUAUUGGAAAUUACUAACAUGGCACUUAAAGACUAUGAUUAUGAUUUUGAAGCUUGUCUUAAAAGUGAAGACACAGAUGGACAAGCUGAAUACCAUGAAGGAUCUCCUGGAAACUCAUUCUCAGCUGUGGAUUCUGGUUCUCAUCAGCAACCAGCCGCAGUUUCCUCCCUAAAAGAGGCACUUGAGUCCAUUAAGAAAGUACUCUUUGUCGGAGCUUUCGAGGAGCUGAUGCCAGUCCCAGUGCCACCAACAAAGAGGUUGCAUGUCUCCACUUCAAACAACGCAGAAAAUUCAAGUAUCUUUCAAGUCUCUUCUCCUACUAUUUCACCGCCAUAUCCGCAGAGCUUCUCAGAGUUCAUGAUCUGAAUAUUACAGUUUACAUGCGAAAGAGCUCUGGCCAUGAUAUCUGUUAAAUUCAUAUAUAUUUAUGUAUAGUAUCCAGCUGAAUAAAAUCAUGGUCAUAUGAAUGUAUAAA